ACUGACUGUUCUUUUUGUAGGACCAGACGCAACAGCACAUCUCACUGCUGAAGUCUGCCAAUACUGCAUUGAACACGCUGCGCCGAGCUGCUUAAGUCUGCCAUCACUGCACUGAACACGCGAGGCCCGAGAAGCUGAAAUGGCCGCCAAUACUCUAGGUGCGCAGCUGCUCCUGGCUAUAACGUUGAUUUGUUGUCAGAGGUCUGCCACGAGCGAUGAUGUCAUUGCCGCCCUAGACAAGGGGCAGCAACUCCUUGGAGUAAAGACAAGCUGGGUUACCGGAGAGUCUGUCUAUAAGUUUUUUGGGAUACCUUAUGCUCUGCCCCCCAUAGGUAGGUGGAGAGUGUUGUUUGUUUUGGUGUGGAGGAACGCAGGCUUAAGGUAACGCUAAACAUCAGACCGUACAUGCCCUCUAAGCCUUUUCCCUAACAGUUGAUACAUCUGAGCGUAUGUAAAUACAUUCAUAAGAACAUUUUCUGUGCAUAAACCAUUUGGAAAAAUAAUGAAACCAAAUAACGGGUUCCAAUGAUUCUAUUUUUGUAAAUGAUUUAUUUUUUUGCUUGUGAUGAGUAGGGUUUGAUUAUUGCAAUAGCUGGCGAAGUUAAUCUUCAAAAAUGAAAAGAACAAAGAAAAGUUUGUCAUGUUAUAAAUGUAACCACAAUUUUGUUCCCAGCAUUAAUCAGUAUGUGGCUGAGUUAACUGAGAAGACCCUUGAAACAACUAUUUUUAAAAAAUGCUGGCAUUUUUAAUUACAACAGCUUAUGAAAUUAGUUUGUAAGAUGACCAUACUAAUAGCGGGGGAAAACUGCACACAAUUUUUGUGCCUUGGAAUUUUAUUUAACGUUUAUGCAAAACCUAUUUAAACUUGUCGCUUUCACCCAAGGACUCGGAUGGAAGUAAGUGAACGAAUUUAUAAGUGAACAAAUGGAUAUAUGAACUCGGUAAUUAAAAAAAUAAAUUUUAAGAAACUAAUCUAGGAGACGUGGAAAUCUUUUCAGGAGCGAGACGAUUUGAACCACCAGUUGCCGCACUUGAGUGGACAGGGGUCAAAGACGCAAGGGUCCCAGGUGUCAUCUGUCCACAGACAUCAAAGGAAGAGAGUCAACGGUUGCAAUCUGAGGACUGUCUGACUCUAAGCGUCUUCACUCCGGAUCUCAACGCGUCACUUCCUGUUCUGGUGUGGAUACACGGAGGGGGUUACCACGCCGGUUCUCAAUUUAAUGACGGGGAUGCCUCGACCUUGACCCGAUACGGCAUCGUCACCGUGUCCAUCAACUAUCGCCUCUCACCUUUUGGCUUCUUGUCUACCGAGGAUGACGUCAUGCCAGGUAAUUAUGGCAUGUUGGACCAGGUGCUGGCAUUAAAAUGGGUGCAGAAGAAUAUCCGGUCAUUUGGAGGUGACCCCAAACAAGUGACCAUUGGAGGGGAGAGUGCCGGAGCUUUCAGCGUGGCACUGCAAAUUCUCUCGCCUCUGUCCAAAGGACUGUUUCACAGAGCCGUUAUGGAGAGUGGCUCGGCACUGGCUCCGGCAGCCAUCGAAAGACCGGGCACUCAGAUCAGGGUAAAAGACUUUACCGCCAUUGUCGGGGCGAGCGUUGGGUGCACGAGCGCGAACUCCUCCCAGCUUCUCCAGUGUCUCAAGGGCGUCGACGCCGACCGCCUGAAACUUGCAGCCACCGCCGCGGAGCAGAAGCUCGGCGUCUCCCUCAUCGGUCUGCCCAGGGUGGAGACGGUUUACGGCUUCCUACCCGACUACCCGAAAAACUUGAUUGCCAACGGCAACUACAGCAAAGUGGACACGUUGAGGGGGUUCAAUGCCGGCGAGUGGUCGUUCGCCAUCCAAGACAACGACAACAACGGCGUCACGAGACUUGAGUUUUCACUGUUUUUUACCGCUUUAUUUCACCUGAGCUCUUUCAUAAAUAAUGACGUCAUAGUGGAGCUUGUCGCGAGGGCUUACCUGGGCAACGAGACGGAUCCUUUCAAAAUACGUGACAUCCUGGUCAGUGCUUUGGCGGACCUGACCUUUGGAGCGUCGUCUCUUCUCGAACUGACCAAAAUUGUUGACCAGCCCGGCACCCAGCAUUACUUCUAUGAGUUUAAUUACAUCCCCAGUGGCACCGCGCGACCCGCUUGGAUGAGAGUGGUGCAUGCUGAGGAGCGACAGUUCGUCUUCUUCGACCCCGACUGGACAUCAAGAUCUGUCUCGGACAAGACCGUGGGACAACGUGUGCAGACGACGUGGACGAAUUUUAUCAAAUAUGGCGAUCCGACACCAGCAUCGGCAAACUCAUCAGCCGGAAGUGACGCAGUUCGAUGGGGUAAAUUCAGCAAAAGUAACUUGGAGACAUUACAGAUCGGAGCCCAGUCGGCUACUGAGACGUUUCCACGAUCAUUUGUCAUUCAACUGUACGAGAAGAUCCUUCAAAUUUUACACAUGACCACCAUUGUCAAAUUCGAUGAUGUCAUUGGUUAGAGACAGCGACAUGCUCUGGCAUCAAAAUGUAACUUCAACAAGUAAAAUUAUGACUUUGACGACAUUAAAAAUAAUAAAAAAUUAAGGUG